ACUCACUCACAGUAGUAAUGUUCCCCAGUGUGUAACAGGCGGAUCUCGCAGACUGAUCUCAUCACGAGAAAUGUUACUACUGAAAUCUUUCAAGACGUCCUAAAGUAACACCCGUCUUUAAAAGUCUAAUGCAUACUGUGCAAGUCCGCGCGACGAAAGGAAAUAAGUUCAAAGAUGUCUGUCAGUAAUCACGAGAACCGAAAGUCGAGGUCAAGCUCUGGAUCCAUGAACAUCCAGCUGUUCCACAAGACGUCACAUGCAGACAGCUUGCUUACCCACCUCAACCUCCUCCGCAAGCGACGUGUUUUCACGGAUGUAGUCCUGCGUGCUGGACAUCGAGCAUUCCCAUGCCACCGGGCGGUUCUGGCAUCAUGUAGCCGCUAUUUUGAGGCCAUGUUCAGCGGUGGCCUGAAGGAGAGCCGAGACGCCGAGGUCAACUUCCACGACUCUUUGCACCCGGAGGUUCUGGAGCUUCUGCUAGACUACGCCUACUCUGCCCGGGUGAUCAUCAACGAGGAAAAUGCAGAGUCUUUGCUGGAGGCUAGCGACAUGCUCCAGUUCCACGACAUCCGUGACGCCGCCGCAGAAUUCCUGGAGAAGAACCUGCAUCCGUCCAACUGUCUUGGGAUGAUGCUUUUGUCUGAUGCUCAUCAGUGCCAGAAGUUGUAUGAACUUUCUUGGAGGAUGUGCCUGGCAAAUUUUGCUAAUCUCUACCACACCGAGGACUUCCUAAGCCUGCCCAAAGAUAAAGUUCAGGAGCUCGUUUUUAGUGAGGAGUUGGAGGUUGAGGAUGAAAGCAUUGUGUACGAGGCUGUUAUUGACUGGGUUAGAGCAGACAUUGGGAGAAGACAUCUGGAUCUUCCCGACCUUCUUCGCUGCGUUCGCCUCGCCCUGCUCCCAGAGAGCUACCUGCUAAAGAAUGUUGCGUCCGAGGAGCUCGUCAUGGGACACAAGGUGGGCCGUGAGAUUGUGGAAGACGCUGUCCGUUGCAAAAUGAAGAUCCUGCAGAACGAUGGAGUCGUCACAGGCUUCUGCGCCCGACCCCGGAAGGUCAGCCAAGCCCUCCUGCUUCUAGGAGGCCAAACGUUCAUGUGUGACAAAGUAUACAUGAUUGAUCACAAGGCCAAAGAGAUCACUCCCAAAACGGACCUUCCUAGCCCUCGCAAAGAGUGUAGUGCUUGCGCUAUUGGCUGUAAAGUAUAUGUCACAGGUGGUCGAGGGUCUGAAAAUGGGUCUUCAAAAGACGUUUGGGUCUAUGACACCUUGCACGACGAAUGGUCCAAAGCUGCACCAAUGCUCGUUGCUAGAUUUGGACAUGGUUCAGCAGAACUUGACCAUAUCCUGUAUGUAGUAGGUGGACACACAUCCCUUGCGGGGUCAUUCCCUGCAUCCCCAUCUGUGUCUCUCAAACAAGUGGAGCAGUACAACCCCCAAUCCAACAAGUGGACACUGGUAGCUCCUCUUCGAGAGGGUGUGAGCAAUGCUGCUGUCGUAGGGGCCAAAAACAAACUCUUUGCUUUUGGAGGGACUAGUGUAAAUAGGGACAAAUAUCCUAAGGUUCAGUGCUUUGACCCCUGUGAGAACAGGUGGACUGUCCCGGCCACUUGUCCUCAGCUUUGGCGUUACACAGCGGCAGCAGUUGUUGGGAACCAUGUUGUGGUCAUUGGCGGAGAUACUGAGUUCUCGGCGAGCUCCGCGUACCGCUUCAAUAGCGAGACGUUCCAGUGGACCAAGUUUGGUGACGUGACUUCCAGGAGAAUAAGCUGUCAUGCAGUGGCAUCGGGGAAUCGCCUGUACGUGGUCGGGGGAUACUUUGGGGCACAGAGGUGUAAAACCUUGGACUGCUAUGACCCCUCAACGGACUCAUGGGAUAGCAUAACAAGUGUACCAUAUUCGCUUAUCCCGACAGCAUUUGUCAGCACCUGGAAGUACCUCCCAUCUUGAAGAAAAUACAUCUGUUAUUUGAUCUUUCAGCGUUCUCUGGAAUGCGGCCGAGUUUCCCCCCCACGGGGCUUGGGAAUGCCGGGGGGAGGGGGAGGCGCUUUUCCUCCUUCACAUUCACAUGGACCUUUCACUGGAAGCCAAGCCUUAGGUCAGUCGGGAUGGUAACCGUGGCAACCGGAGCCCAUCCCAGGUCGCUGCAGUUCUGAUGGCGAGACUCGACCCAAAAGAGAGAUACAGACAGCAUUGUGAACGCAUGUGUACAUAAACUUACUAGACUUAUCUCUUUAAACUGGGCUGUUUUUAGCCUGAGGUUCCACACUUCGAAGUCUCGCUCACUCACACGGAUCCUGUGCGUUCAUUAAUUAAGUAAUUAUUAACUCUUGCCUCUGGUCACUCACCUUAGUGCAUGAAACAGGGCUCAUUGUGUUCUUAGUAAACUCGGGUGACCUUUGAAAGAGGAAAUGAACCCAAAACUGUUGAAAAAAGUUAGGCUGUGCUGCCUUUUUAUAUCAAAUGUUUUUGAAUAUGGAAUAUAUUACACAUAUUCUAAACACUUUUCUGAUCAGCACUGUAUUCUUGUUAUAAUUGUACUAGACGAAUAGCCAGGCUGGGCUAAUAGACAAGUUUGGGUCAUUUUUCACACCUAAAUAAUAAGAGUAUAUUUUGCAUAAAGAAAAAAAAAGCCUGUUUUUAGGUUGUUUGCAUUGCAGUAUUAUAUGCAAGGCAAAUAAAACUCAUGUUCCCUCCAAAUUCUCAUUACCGUAAUGCAAAAAAGUCAUUACCAUAAUGGAACAGAACAAAGGGUGUAAAGUAGUUAGGGUAAAGUAGUUACACAUAUGCAGAUUCAAAUAUAAAAAAACUAAAAAUAAUGCUUAAAAAUCCUGAACAAAUUACAAUAAAGUGUAAAUAUGAUCUUAAUUGUCAUGAAAAUAAUGUUACAAUGCAAAAUAAGAACCAAAUAAGAAGUUAUAUUUUGCUUGUAGACAGUUUUGAAGCCUGUUUUUAGAUAGUUUGCAUUGUGAUAUUUUCAAGGCAAUUAAUUCUCCAAAUUCUCAUUACUGUAAUGCAAAAAAAAGUGGUUACCAUAAAUAAAAAGAACAAGAAUACAUUAUUUAAAUGAUUAAAGUUAUAAUAUAUAUGUGCAUGCUUAAAAAAACUGGACAAAUUGCGGUAAUGACGAAAAAUGUUCUUAAUUGUCAUGGAAAUAACGUCACUAUGCUAAAACACUCUUAAUGGUCCUAAAAUAGGCUUUCUUUUCUUUAUUUAAAAUACUAGUUUUCGUUCAACUGUAGAAUGUGUAGUUUACAAUGUGAAUAACGGGUGGUUAAACUACUAAAGCAGUGGAUUCCUUCCCUAAUGUUUUUGUGCCAAUGGUUCAAUAAAUUGAACAACCUAGCAAAUGUCUUACAUGUUGUUGCUGUACAUGUAGCCUUAAUUAUGUUCUUUUGUGAAGUAUAUUGUAUUUUUUUAGUAGAUUUUGCACUUGUAUUGAGAUGCUGUCCUUCUCACUGUUGAACGGUCAUCUACACUCAUAAGGGUGUUUUUCUUAAACGUAAGACAUUAGAAUGUGUUGCCUGAGGCCAAAGAAAGCAGCACAGAUAGAGACAUGUUACCAGCUAAAUGUUGCAUUUGCGAACUGUUUUGCAUUGAAAUAUGUUGUCUUAAUUUGUGUACAACUUUUUGAUAUCACUGAUUCUUGUUGUUUGUUUUGGACAUUUAAUGCCAAAUAUAGUUUCUAACAUCUGUCUGUGUGUGUUAAAGACUUUUUUUUUAAUAAAAUGUCUGUGAAAAUGCUAA